UCCAAUUCUUACUGUUUUUCUCAUGCAUCAGAUGAUACAGGAAAUAGACUUCGGUUCCAGCUGGAGUUAGAGUUUGUUCAGUGUCUGGCAAAUCCAAAUUACCUCAACUUUCUUGCACAAAGAGGCUACUUCAAAGACAAAGCUUUUGUAAAUUAUCUUAAAUAUUUACUUUAUUGGAAAGAACCUGAAUAUGCAAAAUACCUGAAGUAUCCUCAGUGUUUGCAUAUGUUAGAGCUGCUCCAGUAUGAACAUUUCCGCAAAGAACUGGUAAAUGCUCAGUGUGCUAAAUUUAUUGAUGAGCAACAGAUUCUUCACUGGCAGCACUAUUCACGGAAAAGAAUGCGCCUCCAGCAAGCACUUGCAGAGCAGCAGCAACAGAACAACACCUCUGUGAAAUGAAGAACACUUGGAAGAGUGAUGAGAAGGUGUACUUCGUGUCAGCUGAAGUAUUUACAAGAGAGGAAUGAAGCCUUUUGUAGGUGUG